AUGAGUCUUCAAGCCAUCAAAGAGGCUGAGAAAAGGGUAAAAAAUAAACUCAUUGCAGAGAAAAAAAAGGUGGUAUUUACUGAUGCUGAUUUCAAUCAAAUGAAACCAAAGAGGUUAUCAUUAAAAAAGGAAUUUCCAAAAAAGUUAAAAAAGAGUGAAAAACACAUUAAACUGACUCAUAAAGAAACACAAAAACCUAAUAAAGUUAACCAAGAAAUUGCCAUUGUUGGGUGCUCAAAGUCAUUAGAAAAGAGUUAUUAUAGAUUAAAAGGAGAACCAAAGUUAGAUGAAAUUAGGAAUGAAGAAACCCUAAAAACGGCAUUAAAUUUUGUGUUAAUGAAAUACAAAAAGAAUAAGGAUUAUGCUUACUUAUGUGAUCAAUUAAAAGGUAUUCGUCAAGACAUUACUGUCCAAAGAAUUAAUAAUGACUUUACUGUGUUAGUAUAUAAAGUACAUGCUAAAUAUUCUAUUCAACAUAAAGAUGUUAGUGAGUUUAAUCAAUGUAUUAGUGUGUUGAUGCAUUUAUUUAAAGAGUUACAAUAUCCUGCUGAAGACGAGUCAGUACUAAUGUUUACUUCAUUUCAAAUAUUAUAUACUGCAUACGUUAAUUCUCUCUUUCAAUUUAAAGCAAUUGUUGAUACUCUUCCAGAAACUGUUAAAGCAAAUAUUGGUAUUCAAAUUGCAAUUAAUAUUUCCAUUGCUUAUUUUAAUGAUGAUCCAUAUACGUUUUUUAUUAUAUAUAAAAGAGCACCUAAAUUAUUAAAAAAAGUUAUUUAUUCUAUUAUAGAACGAAUGCAAUUUAAAACAAUUCAAAUGAUAUGUUUAAGUUAUCGUCCAUCUAUUUCAUUGAAAAAAUUAAAAGAUGAUUUGUGUUUUGAUUCUUUAAGUUCAUUGUCUCAAUUCAUUACUAAACACAAGCUAAUUCUUGAUGAUACUCAAACACUUCUUCUUACAGAACCUUCUUUGAAAGUUCUUGUAUCACGAACAUCUAAUGAAGGAUAA